UGCAUAAUACACAUAUUAAAAAAAAACAAGUAUAUCCAUGGGAGAAACUUUGCCUAACGACGUUAUCUAUGUGGCGGUGAAUCAAGAUGUUCGAGAAAGUAAAUCAACUUUGUUGUGGGCAUUGAAGACUCUUCCCGUGAAGAAGCUCUGCCUUCUUCAUGUUCAUAUUCCAUUCUCGUUGAACUCUUCUUCAUGUGGGCUUGAUGAAAGUGAGAUCGACGCAAUACAAGAAUCAGAGCUGAAAUCUUCAUAUGAUAGCCUCCACAAGUACCGUGAUCUCUGCACAAACAAAGGGGUUGAUGAAGAGGAUGUGGAUAUAUCAUUGAUAUCAGGAUAUGGUGUGGGUGAAGGGAUUGUGGAACUCAUCUAUCAAAACAAUAUCAAGAAGCUCGUUAUGGGAGCAGCAGCUGAUCCUCACUAUUCCAGGGGAAUGUCUAUCACAUCAAGGAAAGCAGAGUAUGUGAGUCAGUAUGCACCUCAUUGCUGUAAAAUGUGGUUCAUCUGCAAAGGGAAACUCAUCAAGACAAGAGAAGGAAGAUUCGACAUUGGGAAUCCAUCAGAUUCGUAUUCCUUGUCAGAAUUCGAUGGUUUUGCUCAGAAACCAAGCAAGGGAAGAGGAAGGGAUGAUGACGAAACAGAUUCACAUAAAGAGCAGCAUCCAGGAGGGAUCGAAACACCAAAGAAAGUAAGGAAAGAAGACGAUAUGACAAAAAGCAAUGACAGCGAAACAGAAAGUCCUCCCGAAGAUUUUCUUUGUCCCAUUUCAAUGGAGAUAAUGAGAGAUCCCAAUGUGGCUGCUGAUGGUUUCACUUACGAGGAAAAGGAAAUAAGAACAUGGCUAAACGGAGGGAAUGAUAAGUCGCCAAUCACAGGAGCUAGGCUCGCUCAUCGCCAUCUCACCCCUAACUACACUCUUCGUUCACUCAUCAAGGACUGGCUCCAUCACCACCCAAACUAUAAACAUUGAUUAUCAUCUAUCUAGUAUAUUGGAGAUAGAUAUAUAAUUAAAGAUAUGUCAGACUUUGUUGGAAUCUCUCUGUAAGAAAAGAAAAAUAUGUGUGAUAAAAAAAAAGUUUCCAUGUGUUUUAAGUACGUCUGAUACAUGACUUUA